UCAAACUUAAAACAAUUAGAAUCGAUAAUAAUCGAACCAAACCAACUCGUCCAGAAAAUAAUCUGACCUCCUUCAAAUUUCAGCUCUCCAUUUCCUCCAUUAACUGGAUCCACAUGGCUUCUAAAUUUCAAGCAUUUUUGAACAGUCCAGUUGGUCCUAAAACUACUCAUUUCUGGGGGCCUGUUGCUAAUUGGGGAUUUGUUAUUGCUGGGCUUGUAGACAUGAAUAAACCACCUGAAAUGAUAUCAGGCAACAUGACUGCAGCAAUGUGUGUUUACUCAGGACUAUUUAUGAGGUUUGCUUGGAUGGUACAGCCUCGUAACUAUCUUCUUUUAGCAUGUCAUGCUUCAAAUGAAACUGUACAGUUAUACCAACUCUCACGGUGGGCAAGGGCUAAUGGGUACUUAUCACAGAAGAAAGAGGACGGCGUGUCUCAAUGAUUCCGUCACCUGUACAUUAAAGUUCUCAUCUUCAAAGUCUAAAAAAUUCUUGUAUAAGCAUGACAUUUGAUGUAUUUUUUUGUGUUACUUCUCUUUCAAAUGAUUUGCAAUGCUGUAUGAAUGGAGUCAUUGAAAUAUUGUCUUUAAUUUGGAAAAUUAUUUUUGUACA